AUGGCUUCAGCAACAGAAACAGAUCUUCAGACUUCAUCGCAGCCCACGCCACAGGGCCUCGACACCUCGGCAAGCACGCAAUUCGCGACCGUAAACAUCGGCACGCGCAAUUCCGCACUUGCGCUGGUUCAGGCCAAUGCAGUCAGGCAGUCUUUGAAAGAUGCUAACCCGGGUCGCACGUUCGAGAUCAAGCCUGUCAUGGUGCAGGGAGACAGGGAUAAGAUCACGCCGCUGCAGCAGCUGAGUCAGGGCGAGAAUGCAAAGAGCUUGUGGACGGGCGAGCUAGAGAGCAUGCUAGAGAACGGCGACCUGGAUAUCAUUGUCCAUUGCUUGAAGGACAUGCCUACUCACCUGCCCGACAACCUGCAACUCGGCGCCAUUCUUGAGCGUGAGGAUCCCAGCGACGCACUCAUCAUCUCGCCCCGUCUGCCCAAAGAAACGACGCUUGCCACACUGCCUCAGGGCGCCACUAUUGGCACGUCUUCUGUUCGCCGUGCCGCUCAGCUCCGAAAGCUCUACCCACACUUGAAGUUCGCUGAUCUGCGAGGCAACGUUGGUACCAGGUUGGCCAAGCUGGAUGCCGAAGACUCGCAAUACUCUGCUAUCAUCCUCGCGACAGCAGGGUUGAACCGCAUAGGCUUCUCGAAUCGAAUCUCCCAGAAGCUCACAAGCGCCACAGGUGGUAUGCUGUACGCAGUAGGGCAAGGCGCUUUGGGCAUCGAGAUCAGGAAGGAUGAUGAAAUCAUGCAGGAGAUGCUCAGCAAGAUCAGAUGCGAGCGAACAACACGUGCUUGUGGCGCCGAGCGCGCACUUCUGCGCACACUUGAGGGCGGCUGCAGUGUACCAAUUGGUGUUGAGACAUCAUGGCGCGGAGGUAAGGGCCUGGCAGUCGGCACACAGCCCGCGAAGGACUACGACAAGCACGGCGCUGCUCUUGAGGCUUCGGAGCCAGAUCUCGACGAGCAAGAGCUCGUGCUCAAGACGCUCGUCGUUAGUGUUGAUGGCACUGAGUCUGUCGAGUACGAGGCAGCGCAGAAAGUCCGAUCUGUGGAGGAGGCCGAUGCUUUCGGGCAAGAGAUUGCAAGGGUCUUGAUCGAGAAGGGCGCUGGCAAGAUCCUGGAAAAGAUCAAGGUCGAGAAGCAGUGGGGAGCGAAGAAGCAGCUGGAAGCUAUGGGUGUUGCACCAGCCACAGCAUAG